CCUCCUCACCUAUCCUUUAAAUUCUCCUCUUACAACUCCCCCUGAUCACCAUUAAUACACCAGCUCAAAACUCAAAAGAACCCUUUGAUCCCCCUCCUCAUUCCUCAGCAAGCUUGUGUUGCAGCUCCAAAAAUGGGGAAGAAAAUGAAGCUCCCUUCUCUGUUCAAGGCCAAGGAAACAAGGCAGCCAUGGCAAUGGCCCUCGUGCAAGCACCCCAAAACCCUUUCUUUUCGAGCUGGGGACGACAUGUUCAAGACCGUUAACUCAGUCUUCUUCGAUCUCACUGAUGGAGUGGAGACUCCUGAGUCUUGGUUCACGAACACGUCCGAGUCUGCAAGCUUCUCCACAGAGUCCGAGGAGGAGUACGGCGUGAAGUCUGUGGAGGUGGUGAUACGUGGGGUGCAGUCAGAGAGGCUGUUUUUCGAGCCUGGAAACACUAGUUCAAUCUUGGAGGAGAAGGCAAAGGCGGCUAAUGAGAUUCAUCCAUUCAAGGAAAGCGUUGUUUUAGCAAUGGAGUCUGAGGAUCCCUAUGUAGAUUUCAGAAAGUCAAUGGAGGAGAUGGUGGAGUCUCAUGGGUUGAAGGAUUGGGAUUGUCUGGAGGAGCUCUUGGGCUGGUAUCUGAGGGUGAAUGGGAAGAAGAAUCAUGGGUUUAUAGUUGGAGCCUUCGUUGAUUUGCUUGUUGGUCUGGCUUCUUGUUCUGAUUCCACUUCUUUCUCUUCUGCUGUCUCUUCAUUUUCUUCUCCCAUUUCAAUGUCUUCAUCUCAACAACUUCAAGACAAGGACAUUGAUGAUAAGGAGGAAGACGAAGAAUAGAGGGCCAUGCCUUGGCCUUUUCCCAUUCCCAUAUUGUAUCAUUUUUGUGUAUAUUAUAUAUUAGGUUAAAGAAAUUACGAUCAGACUGUGAGAGAUCUUUGCUCUCCUUUAAUUUGUACAUCUCUGCUGGGGGGUGACUGCAGUGCCCCCAGCUUGUCCAAAUUAAAACUGAAAGCCAUCAUUCAUUUUUCUUUU